AUGGACUAUCAGAAAUGCUUAGAUAUUGUAAAAAGUGGUAAAUACCUUCCUGAAAAUGAUUUCAAAAAAUUGUGCAAUGCUGUUAAAUCUCUUCUUAUUGAAGAGUCUAAUGUACAACCAAUUCAAACACCAGUUAUUGUUUGUGGAGAUAUUCAUGGACAAUUCUAUGACUUAAUGAAGUUAUUUUCUAUUGGAGGAACAUUACCAGAAAAUUCAUAUAUAUUUUUAGGAGAUUAUGUCGAUAGAGGAAGUUAUUCAAUUGAAGUAUUUACUUUAUUAAUGUUAUAUAAAGUAAUGUAUCCUACUCGUAUUGCUUUAAUGAGAGGUAAUCAUGAAAGUAGACAAGUAACUCAAGUUUAUGGUUUUUAUGAUGAAUGUAUUAAGAAAUAUGGAACUGCUAAUUCAUGGAGGUGGUGUACUGAAGUAUUUGAUUAUUUAAAUAUUGCUGCUUUAAUUGAUGGUAAAAUUUUUUGUGUUCAUGGAGGUCUUUCACCAGAAAUUAGAACCAUUGAUCAUAUUAGAGUUGUUGUAAAAAGAAAUCAAGAAAUUCCACAUGAAGGUGCCUUUUGUGAUUUAAUGUGGUCAGAUCCAGAUGAUAGUGUUGAUGGAAUGAAAUCAUCAAUGAGAGGUGCUGGAUAUAUUUUUGGUGCAAAACCUGUUGAAGAAUUUAUUCAUAUCAAUAAUAUUGAUUUAAUUGCUCGUGCCCACCAAGUAGUACAAGAAGGGUACAAGUAUCAUUUUGAUAAUAAAUUGGUCACUGUAUGGUCAGCACCAAAUUAUUGUGGUAGAUGUGGUAAUGUUGCUUGUAUUAUGAGAGUUGGAAAUGAUUUAAAACAAGAUUUUACCAUUUUCGAUGCUGUUCCUGAAUCAGAAAAACCAGUUCCACCAAGAACAACACCAUCCUUCUUUGUGUAA